CGUUUGCAGAGAGAUCUAAUUUAUUGUAGUGGUUCAAAGGCAAAAUGGAUCCUGAGGCUGAGGACUUUGAAUACCAGCUGAAGUUAGAGCAGGAAGAGCAAUGGAAACGAGACAAUGGAUACAUCUACACCGAUCCUAAUGACGGCACAAUGUAUGAAUGGGACCCUGAAAAGAAGGCAUGGUUCCCAAAGGUGGAUGAGAACUUCAUUGCAUCUUACCAAGCCAGCUACGGUGUCACGACCGAUGAGAACACUGCAGACGGUCAGACCGAUCCACAGCCUUCAGCAGCAGCAGCUACAUCAGCAUCGGCAUCCUCAGGGACUCCAGGAACGUCUGCAGGAGUGGGUGAAGACACCACACCAGGAGGGAAGGAUGGAGCCAAAGGAGAAGGGGAAGUGAAGAAGCUAGAUGAACAACCCCAGAUGCUCUAUAGGUACCAAAAGAUGCAGAUGAAGAGGAAAGCAGAACAGAAAAGCUGGUUUGAGGUCGAUCCCACCAAGAACACAAAUGUCUACGUGAGUGGCCUUCCAACUGACAUCACCCUAGAGGAAUUCCAGGAAGUAAUGGCCAAGUGGGGUAUCAUCAUGUUGGAAGAGGAGACGGAGAAACCCAAGAUCAAGCUCUACAUGGACGAGGAGGGCAGACCUAAAGGAGAUGGCAGAUGCUGCUAUCUCAAGAGAGAGUCAGUUGACCUUGCCUUACAGUUGCUGGAUGAGUCAGAGAUCAGAGGUCACAAGAUUCAUGUAGAGGUCGCGACCUUUACCCUCAAAGGAGAUUAUAAACCUGAUAUGAGGAAGAAAAAGAAACCCAACAAGAAAAAGAAAGGAAACGUUCAAGACAAACUUCUCGACUGGAGGCCUGAGAAGAAGUUUCAACAGAGGAAAAGAAACGAGCAAGUUAUCAUCCUGAAACAUGUCUUCCAUCCAAGUGAAUUUGAGGAAGAUGCCAUGCUGAUCAAUGACAUCAAGGACGAUGUCAAGGACGAGUGUUCAACGUACGGUGAGGUCAAGAAGGUCCUUAUAUUUGAUAGACAUCCAGAUGGCGUUGUGUCAGUCAAGUUUAAAGAUGUUGAGAAUGCCGACAAAUGUAUCCAAUCUCUUAACGGAAGGUGGUUUGCCAAGCGCAAGCUGGAGGUCACUCACUGGGAUGGAAAGACAGACUACAAGAUAGAAGAGACGGACAAGGAGAGGGAGGAGAGACUGAAGAAGUGGGAGGAUUUCCUCCAGGAUGACGAGGAGGAGGAGGACAAGAAGAAGAAGGAUGGAAUGAAGAAGGAAGAUGACAGGAUGGAGACGAGUGAAGAGACAAAGAACGUUGGAGCUGAUGAAGGAAUGGCGAAGGAAGAAGUGGAUACUGAGAAGAAAGGAAGCGAUAAUGGAGUGAUGAUGGAGGGAACUGAUGAAGAGGAAGAGGAAAAAGAGGAGGGCAAUUCGUGAGAUGAACAGAAGAACUGAAGACAUUGCAAGGUAGGCAUUGGUUUGUUUCAAAAUUCAAUUUCAAUUCAAUUCAUUUUAAUUGCACAUUUGAUAAAAAUUACAAUUACAAACAUACAAAAUACAAAGUAAAUUUCAACAAAUAACAAAGCAGAACAGAAGUAUCAAAAUGUGGGGGAACAAACAAAGGCCUAAGGCCUAUCAAAGGCUCGUCCACAAACUAUAUGAGUAAUACAGGAAAGUGGUACGAAAAAAUAAAACUGGCUAAUUGCAACUUGUGGAUAUCUUGAACUGUUUAGCUUUCGCAAAUAGAGGAUCUGUGUGUGCUAAAAAAGAUUUUGUCAAUAUUUAUUCUUUGUUUUAAUCUGCACAAUGUGUAUUAAAUCAUAUUUAUUAUUAAUUAAUGAUAGACAUUGUUUGACAGUUUGUGUGUUAUUGGUUGUAACAACAUGCCCAAAACGUCCAAGAGUUAAAAUCAGAGGUUUGUUCACUUUGUUGGACCUAUUUCUAAAACUAUUUACAUGUACAUGUACCUGUUAUUGUGAAUUAGUAAUGGUAGGAAAAUGCGACACUUGAUAGGAUUCCAUAUUCGUGUUCCAUGCAAAGUACUUGUUUGUUGCAACAUCAUUUUACGGGUUGUAUGUGAGUUUUGCUUGCUGGUAUGUGCAUACCCAAGUAAAAAAUUACUUAGCAAAAUUCAGGUUAAACUUUAUAAAGUUUUUUAUGUACAGGUGUACAUGUACAAUUGUAUGUACCCUAGUGAUACACUGAUCUACAAUUUUUUUUUUUAAUCACUGAUAAAUCUAAGUGCUUUACAGAUUACAGAUAUCAUUAUUAUCCUAGUCAUCGUAUUCAUUCAUGCAUAUUGUGCACCAUCUCUUUUACAGCUUGUGAAGUUUCUAAAAACAAGCUAGUAUAUACUUGUAAACGUGUACACUGUAUCUUGAGUUUCUCUGCUUGUCCUUUAAUCUAUGCAUCCGUACAUAUGAAUCCUUCCUAUUACCAGUAGAAAUACAACAGAAAUAAUUUCAUGUUUCACCAUUUUGUUUUCACGUAAAUGUGUUUCAAAAUCAAUUCACUUGUUUUUACUAUGCAUUUGCGCCAAUGCGAUUGUGACUCUUUGCCACGUGUUGUCUUUAUUUUGUGUAUACAUAAAAAUUGCAAAAUUAGCCCCCCCCCCCCCCCCCAUACAUGUACAUUGAGUACCGUUUAUUUGCACCAGCAGAAAUGUGACUCUGUUCCAGGUUUGUCAUAAUUUGGCAUUUACGUAAACUUUCAAAAUUGAUCUAUUCUCAACACAAUUUUGUUUCUUCGUAAAAGUUUCAAAAUUACUCUACUCAUACAUGAUCUCCAUCUAAAACUCAAGCAUCCUCAUUCUGUAAAUUGACAAGGCAACGUCCUCCUCUUUCUCAGAAUUCAAGAGCACUCAUAAACUUGAUCAAAAUCAACAGCCUCUCCGUCACAAAAGCUGUUAUGAUAUCUUGACAGAGAAUUUCCACUAGACAUGAGAUCUCGUCUGCUGCCUGACGACCUUUCAUAACAACACUGUUCAUUUGCUGUGUUUGUUUUGUUUUUAAUUGUUUUGAUCAUCAAGAUUUCCCUUUUUAGUAAGUAAUUUGCACUUGUCUUCUGUGAAGUAAUUUUUUGAUGAAUGAACUCUUGAUUUUAAUGA